AUGAUUACGUUGUCUGGCCAGGAGGGUUCCAAUUCACAGCUUUCAGCACAGAACUCUGAAAAUCAACAGAUGACUCCUGUACAGAAAUUGCUUUCAAAGGCUGUUGUAAUGCCUAUUGGGGAUAUUAUAAAACUUAGAACUAUUACAUUUUGUGCGACUGUUAGAGAAACUAAAAUGCUGGUUGCCUCUCCGUAUGGCUGGUAUUAUCGUGGUUGUCAUUCUUGCUCAUGUAUUGCGCGUGGUGACAGAGCUCCGUUUGAGUGUGAGGCUGGACAUUUCACUGAGGCAGAGAUUUUUAGGUAUAAGAUUGAGAUUGAGGUUACUCAUGCCGGGAAUAGCUGUAACUUUCUAUUUUGGGACCGAGAGUGUGAGUUACUUUUGGGAUUGUCUGCUUCUCAGCUGCGUCAUACAAUGAUUAAGGUAUUUCCGUUUACAUACUGCUGGAAAAACAUAGACAAUUAUGCCAGAGUUAACUGA